AUGGAUGAACUGGGGCUUUGUGAGACUUUUUUACAGGACCAUAUUAGUGAUUCAGAUUUGAGUAUAGAUGGCUAUGUACUUGAAAGAAAAGAUAGACAAAAUAAGGCAGGUGGUGGAAUAGUAAUUUAUAUCUCAAAUGAUUUAUCCUAUAAACGUCGAAAAGAUUUAGAAAUCAGUAACAUUGAGACAAUAUGGUUAGAAAUUAAUUUAAAGAACACAAAAUCUAUACUUUAUUGUUCUGCAUACCGCCCACCAUCUGCCCCCUCCUGCUGGGUGGAAGACCUAGCGAGAGAGAUAAAUCGUGCCCCCUGCUGUGAUGACCAAGAAAUCAUACUUACAGGUGAUUUUAAUGUAGAUUUGCUUAAAGACCCCCCUCAAUCUUGGACAUCUGCUCUUGAAGAAUUUGGACUUACUCAACUAAUUACCAUACCUACUAGAAUAACUAACACCUCAUGUACCCUUAUUGAUCAUUUUUACACUACCCAACCUGAUAACAUCUGCGAAAUUCAAGUACCACCCAUAGCUAUCUCUGACCAUUACCCUGUUUGUGCAACACGUAAAUCUAACAGCAUGCAGCGUAAGGGAAAACACACUGAAAUUCAAUACAGAGAUUUUAAGAAUUUUAAUGAGGAAGAAUUUCUCUCUGAUUUACAAAGUGCCAAUUUUAAUGUUCUUACGAAUUUGCAAAAUCCUAAUGAUAUAUUGGAAAACUUCUACAGCAUGUUUAAUACCAUUCUCAAUAAAUAUGCUACGGUAAAAACUAAACGUGUAAAAACCGAGUCUCGUCCGAAAUGGUUCACACCAGAAAUUAAUGAUGCUAGACAGUUACGAGAUUACUAUCAUCAACAUAAAGACUUUGAUAAUUUUCGUCAUUGGAGAAAUAAAGUUACUCUGUUGAUUAAUAAUGCAAAAUGUAUGUACUACAAAUCAGCAAUUGAGGAGAGCUCUAAUCCUAGAGAAAUGUGGAGCUAUCUUAAUCAUUUAGCUUCCAAGUCAAAAAAUGUUUCUCCGACUCUUAUUAAAGACAAUGAAUCAGAAAUUGAUGAUUUACAACUAAUCGUAAAUGUUUUUAAUGAGCAUUUCACAAGAAUUUCUGACAAUUUAUUAACUAAAACACAAAACCAUAGCUUUAAUUCUCAAAAAUUAAAAGAAUUCACGAAGUCCAAACUCAAUGAUGAAAAUGUGUUUAGCUUACUUCCUAUAAGCCAGCUGGAUGAUGUCUUAACUAUGCUACGCUCACUUGACAUUAAUAAAUCAGCAGAUGUAGAUUUCAUUGGUCCCCGUCUCUUAAAACUUUCUGCAAAUGUAAUUUCUAAACCCAUAACUCAUCUCAUUAAUACUAGCAUUACUAAUGGCAUCUUCCCUUCCCAGCUGAAACAUGCUAAAGUCACCCCCAUAUAUAAGAAAGGCGAUAAAAGUGAUCCCAUCUGGGGUAAUACGUCCAAAUGUAACAUUGAGAGAAUUCAUAAGCUUCAGAAACGGACUGCUAGAAUUAUUCUUGAUGCAGCACCUGACCAACCACCUAAGCCUUUGUUUGAAAAACUAGGAUGGUUAAAUGUUUUUGA